GGCAGUGUUAAAAAUGAAAAUACUCCAGUAGUUCCAAAACAAAACAACGGUUCACACAUUACGCCGCAAUCAACACUGGAAUAGCGAAGAAACUAUUCUUCUUCUUCUUCUUCUUCUUCGCGAUUCCUUCAAUGGCUUCGGGGCUUCAAAAGAUUCUCACAAGAUCAGUAGCCAACACGAGAUUCCUCGCCACUUCCCUCCAACGCGUUUCGCAAGUUCCGCCACUGAAACCCUCAGAACCGCAAACCCCUUCUAUUCAACUCCCUUUCCCACCAAUUCAUCCGAUUCCAGAAACGGAGUACUUUGCCGCUUCUUGUUCCCCCGUGAUUUUCCCUAGCUUCCCGUUUGGUUUUUUCUUAAAUCCCAUUCCCUCAAUUGGGCCUCCCUCGCCUGCGGAUUCGCAUGGUGGCGGUGGUGACGACGAUUCAGGCAAGCUGUGGGCCGAUAGUGUGAAGAAGAAGAGGAAGCGGAAGAUGAACAAGCACAAGUACAAGAAGCUCAGGAAACGGAUGAGGAGACAGACUUAGGGGAGGUGAGU